AUUUCUGUAUACAGUCAGGCGCUGUACGACGUUGUCGUGCACGAGAAAUCGAGGCAGAAAAAUUUCUUUUUCGGGUGCAUUUUGGCCAUGUGUAUCACGUUCGCGCGGUGCUCCAGUACCAGUACCAUAUGGACUGAAGUCGAGUGUGGUGCGAUAAUGUCUCGGCGAGUGUUACACAUACGAACAUUACUGUAAUAAGACACGCAUUCCUAACGUCUGCAAAUCGCAUACAUAUUGCGCUCUCGUACGUGCGCGCAUUGUCUCGUACCAACCGGUCCAACAUUUGUAUAUCACCACGUGGAGAGUGCAAACUUGCAUAAAAUUGCACUAUGGCUUCGAGACGAUCGCGUAUCAAAGGCAUCGCAAAUAUUCCGCAGCGGAGGAAACCCGUCGUCGAACAGGAAGCUACGCAGGAAGAUGUGAGGUGCGAGGAAUCUAACCUCUCACCACAGCAGGUGAUCACAAAUUCAACCGGAGAAUCACAGAAAGAAGAAAAACAUGCUGACGGCGUUGAUUUGAACACAGCUGUUCCCGUGGAAAAUAAUAAAGAUAAGCCAUGUGAAACAGAUAUUCCAACUCAUUCAAAUCAUGAUAUUAGUAAAAAUGUAGCAGAAAAUGUAAAUCCAAACAUAUCUGUAGCAGCACCUCAAACACAGCCUUCAUUCAACCGACGUAGACUUAUAAAACCAGCAAUAUCAUUAAAAGCAAUACAGAAAUCAGUAACUCCACCUAGCAUAUCUUCACCAAGUGAGGAACCAGAAAUAACAAAACCUCAAGAAGAGCCUUCACCACCUGAAGAUGCAAAUUGUCCUUCUGUGAUAUCUAAAACAUCUGAAAAUCCACCAAUAAACACAUCAAAACAUGCUCACACUCCAGUCAGAGAUGAUUGUAUCAACAAGGAGAUCAGUGUGCUUGGUAUCACCAAAUUGCCACUCACUCAAAGUCAAAAUCAGAAUUUGGAGAACUGCACAGAUAAGAACUCUUUUGAUGAGAUUGUUCGGCCGUCUCCAGCAUGCAGCCCUAGCAAAUAUAUGAAUCGUGCCAGGAUUAAGGCUAUUCCACGCCUGGGCCAACGUCGACCGAGUUUCAGCAUCGGCAGCGCGAGCGAAUCGGAAGACGAGUCGAAGAAGUCGUAUAAAACAGUACGAAUACGAAAUGAUUCUGUCUGCUCGUCUGUUUCUACACCAGCACCUCCAGAAUCACCAGCAGUUGUUGCUGAAGUGAGUAAUCCUAGGAAGAAGCCAGAGUUCAACAGCGUUAUCCAACGAAAAUGCCGACGGACUGAGCAGAGUCGUAAACUGGCUGAGGCAAGACGAGAUUUUCAACAAAAGUUUAACAACGGGAAGCCGGAUAGGCAGAAAUUGACCAUGAUAGAUCUCAUAUUUUACAAUCCUGGAAGCUCCCCGAUGAGCCAAAAACGUAAACGAAAGGAUACCGAGACUGAAUCGAUACUAAGCGCCAAACAUGAAGAAGACAUUGACGAUGCACCUGCACCAGACGAACCUUCUGCGGAUGCGACCGCCGAGCCAGAACUCAGCGACGAAGAAAACACAGUUCCUGCGCCCCAAAUAACAAUCGGCGCCAACGGCGAAAUCAUCAUCGACGAAAAAUCGCUCUUCAUUGAGAACAAAGAUAUCAAACGCGAUCGCGAGUUGCUAAAAAAGUCGAACCUGGUCGAUGGCGACAAGUUUGAAACUGGGUACGGCGUAUUCAAACGCGUGAAACGCUCCAAGGACUGGAGUAAAGAUGAAACUCUACGAUUUUACAAAGCGCUGAAUACAAUGGGAACUGAUUUUACACUGAUGUGUGAGUUGUUUCCAGGUCGUAGCCGACGAGAGUUGAAGAUGAAAUUUAAAAAAGAAGAGCGUGUUAAUCGAGCCUUGAUUGAUCGCGCUGUGAUGCAACCGAUUCAGUUCGAUAUCACUGAUUUACAACGUGAUCUUGAAAAGCAGGAGUUGGAAAAGCUGCGGAACGAGCAAAUAAAAAAGGACCUGAAGCAAUACAGGGAAGAUUGCAAGGCGGCAAGAGAGGAGAAGAAGGAAAAGGAAAAAGCUAAGGCGGAAGAAGUGCCUGCAGUUAAAAAGAAAAGAAAAACGUGGACGGGAGAUGUAAAGGUCGUUGAAGAUCAAAUAAUUAAACCAGCAAAUGCCAAGGAAGCCUUAAAGAAAAAGCUGCAACAAGGGAUACACAGCUUGCUCGCAUCAGAUGACAGUGACGAUGAAAAUGCGAAUGUUGUUGAAGAUUCAGUAAAUGCAAAAGAAGCGGAAAUCAAUGAAAACAACAAUCAUAUUGAUUUGAGCGACGCGAUUGAACAAAACAUUGAGAUUACCAGUAAUAUUGAUGUAACAAGCCCUGAAAUGCCAGCUGAUACAAAUUCUGAAGCAAUUGAAAUGCCUGAAGUAGAGAAAAGCAGCGGAAUUGAAGAAACGAACGAAACUGAAGUCAUUGAGGAAGGUUCGAUUGUAGUUACAUCAUUAGAUGCUGAUGGUAAAGAAAUCUACACAGCUUACUCUGUCAACUGUCAUGGUGAAAAAAUCCCCUUGGAUUUAAAUCCGGGAGUUCUCGAUGUGUUGCUUAAGAAUCAAAAAAGUGAUAAAACAGUACCUCUACCCGAGAACGCAGACGAAUCUUUAAUUUUGCCUUCUGAUAACACCAUAGACAACAUAAUGGCCGAUAUAUCCUUGUCCAAUCUUCACGACAAUCCAGACAUGUCUCUGACGACCACCGCGGACUGCAUGAUUCUUUCGUUCGAGGAUAUCGAUGCUAAUAUUGCCACUAACUCAACCGCGAACAUUGUCGCUAUUCAAACCGGGCCAUAACUUUGAUAACGAUGCAUUUCUUUUUUGUACGAACUCUUCAAUGCUGAUAAACGUGUAAAGGUGAUGACACGAAUCGUGUGAGUACACACUAAAUAAUUUAUUUUACUACUAAGCUAUUUCCUACUUAUAGCUAGCUAUACUUGAUUUUAGUACACCGACGAAUGUCACUUGGAACAUUACUGACGAAUGUUCAUAAAGCGCUGUUUAGUUGUUUGUUAAAAUGCCGCGUUUGGAAGUGUCGUGCGUGUAUUGAGAAUUUGUAUUUCUUUUAUUAUUAUGCUUUCUACUGUGAAUGAGUGAGUUUAUUUACUAUUUCCUUUUUUGUUGAAGAAUGUUACGAUGUUGGAGAAUUAAAAAAAUAUUAAAGAAAAAAA